CCUGCCCUUGCCGCCAAGGCGGAACCUUUGCGCGUGCGGCUCGGGUUUCCCCCAACUCUAUGGCUUUCCCCCCAGCCGCUUAAAGCAAAGGACCGUUUCCGGUCCCCAAACCAGAAGUGGAGCUUGCAGCUUCCCGGCAGGCGGGAUGGCGGCUCGGACCGCGCUCCUACUGCUGCUCGGGGUGGCGGGCGCCGGCCCGGCUCCCGCCCAGGCCUCUCGGGGGGACCGGGAGCCCGUCUACCGAGAAUGCCUGACGCAUUGCGAGCGGCGCAACUGCUCCGGGCCCGGGCUGCGGCACUUCCGCUCCCACCAGCCUCUCUACAUGAGCCUCACAGGUACUGCAAGGCCCCCAGCCGAGGGAGGGCCACGCCCACUGCCAAGGACGAGGCGCGAGGGGGGCGGUGUCCGCGACGUGCUCCUCAUUUGCAUAACCACGCCCACGAAUGACGGUGCCCCGCCCAGUGUUUCCCCAUAGGACGGCUUGGUGGCACCGCCUACUCGCCCUCCCGACCAAUUCCUGACGCUCUCUCCCGCUGCCCUCGGUGGGAGGGGGCUCAGUAGCGGGCAGUAGCAUCUGAACAUGUGCAGAGUGCAUUUUCCAUUUAAAUUGGCAAUGGUUCUUGGAUGUAGUGCUGAGCUGACGUUGCCCCCUCCCUCUCUUAACAGUGCAGUCCUACUCAGAAGUAUGCCUCACUGAGUUCAAUUUGCAGGGAAAUGCACAUAGGGUUGCAUCCUGGGGCUCUAGAGCAGCGAGGCUGCGCACACAGCUGUUGCACUGCCGCAUCGUUGUUUGCAAGCAGGACUCUGCUAUGCCCCCAAAAGGGCUGGUGGGGCAGCUGCUGCGUCUAUCUCCCUGCUUCAGGCCUUGCAAGCUGUCUCUUGUUUAUUAUUGUUGUUUUACUUAUUUAGGCUGCUCAUAUCUCAUCCUGAAUUAGGGAGAGUAGCCAUUCCUUACCCAUUAGGUAAAGACAACUAUUUUCUAACGUUUUUAAAGUAUCUCUCUUCAAGUGAGAUUCCCUCCCCCCCCCCAUUGAUUUAUUUCUCCCAGGUUUCUUAUGGCGCUGUUGAAAUUGAGCCCAUUGAGUGGCUUGUUGUAGCAUUUACUGCUAGGUAUGUGGUUCAAUGCCUUAUCUGCCCUCCAGGUUUCUUGGAGGUUAUAGCAAGUAAGUGGGAAGAAGCCACAAUUCUUUAAUUAACUAGGUUGUUUGUGGGUGGCAUAACAUGUACCAUCGUUUACAUGCAGUUAGAUCUUACGUACGUUUAUUCAGAAGGAAGCCUUCUGAGUUCAGUUAUACAGUAUAUACUCCCCAAUUAAAGCAGGCGAUGUGAUGUUGUGGUUAAGAGCGUUGGAUAAUCUCUGCUCAGCCUUGAAGGCCACUUGGUGGCCUUUGGCUAGUAGUUAUAUCUCAGCGUAACCUACCACAAAGGGUUGUUGUGAAAAUAAAAAGGGUGCCACUUUGAGCCUCUUCGAGGCAAAAUGGGAUACAAAAUAAAAUAAAUGUAUAUGAUUGCAACAUUAACAUCUCUCACUCAGGAAACCUUAACCCCUCUUGCCCAUUACAUCUCCUAUUCAAUAGUUAUAUGUGUGUGGUAGAACUGGCAGACCCAGGUUUCAAACAUACAUUUAAUUUUGAGAAAUCCACAUGGCAAGAGAGUUGGAACCUGUGGUCCUCCAGAUCUUGGAUUACCAUUCCCACCAUCUCAGAUGCUGGCAGGGUCUGAUGGCAGUUGGAGUCCAGCGACAUCUGGAAGCCCCCAUGUUUCAUACCACAGCCAUAUGGGAUUGUAGCUCUAAUAGAGAUAUUACAGUGGUACCUCUGGUUACGAACUUAAUUCGUUCUGGAGGUCUGUUCUUAAUCUGAAACCAUUCUUAACCUGAGGUACCACUUUAGCUAAUGGGGCCUUCCGCUGCCGCGCAAUUUCUGUUCUCAUCCUGAGGUAAAGUUCUUAACCUGAGGUACUAUUUCUGGGUUAGCGGAGUCUGUAACCCAAAGUGUUUGUAACCCGAGGUGUUUGCAACCCGAGGUACCACUGUAUAUAGUUGCAUUUGCAUGUUUCCUGAUUCCAAGCAAAAAACAUGCAAUAUAUGCUUCAUUUAAAACAAACAAGUUAACUGUAAUACUUCAUUCUGGCAACAGGUGGCUUGCCAGUCAUACAUCCAUACAUCAUGCUCCCUUAAAAUAAAACAAACUUGGCAAAUCUGAGUACCCCCUCCCCGCCGUUCCCAUCCUGGUAUUUUAAAAUUAUUUCACGGAGUUCCACUGCAUUCAGGCAUUAGGCAAUAAAUUCAUUUGCACUAAUUUUAAUUUGUCCUCCCCCAACCGUAUUCUAGGAUGGACCUGCAGAGAUGAAUGUAAAUAUGAAUGUAUGUGGUUGACGGUGGGCCUUUACGUCCAGGAAGGAUACAAAGUGCCUCAGUUUCAUGGAAAGGUAAGUAACGUUCAUGUGCAGCAGCUGUGAAACGUUCCAUGUUCAGGAUCAUUGGGAUAGGAAUUCAAAAUGAAGCUGCUAUUUGUAGGUUUGCAAGAAGUUCUGUGAUGAGUAAUAUUAGAAAUAUUGUAAAAAUGGAAAAAGAGAGAUGAUAUGUUAAAAGAUUUAAUGGCAAUAUUAAGUUAAGAAAGGCAUAAGAAGUGAUUAAGACGGAGGAUUAUCAGAGGUGCUGAUGAAAGUCCAAAUAAGAAUGUAUCUGUGAUAAACUGUGAAGUAUGUUUUAUAAUUUUGUAAGCUAAAAACCAAUAAAAAUAUAUAAAAAAAGAAGAAAAAAAAGAAAAUGAAGCUGCUAUCAUAAUGCUGUUAUACAAACAUAUGGCACAACUACGUUUGGAAUACUGUGUACUGUUCUGGUUGUCUUACCUCAAAAAGGAUAUUGCAGAGUUGGAAAAGUUUCAGAAAAGGGCAACCAAACACAGCAACUGUGCACCUUUGAUCGGGGUGCAUGGCUGUCGCAUCCCCACACCAUCCUCCCCAAGUCGCCUUGCAGGGCUCGGAUCUGGGGACAGUGGCGCGAGGAAGGUGCAGCAACCAUGCCGCCUGGGACUGGUGUGUCGACGGACACAUGCACCCACACACUGCGCGUGGCUUAGAGACACACUCCACCAUAGUGGCAGGAUUCAGGACGGAUAAAAGAAAGUACUUCUCCACAUAACACAUAGUUAAACUGUCCAACUCACUCCCACAGAAAGCAGUGAUGGCUGCCAGUUUGGAUGGCUUCAAAAGAGCUCCCUCGAUUAAAAAAAGAGCUUGAAACUUACCAGCUAGUUAGUAGUAACUUCGAACCCUCCUGGGCCGGAAUUUUGCUUUGUAGUGGAGGUUUCUGCAAAAAUGGGUCAUCUGACAUCAUUGUGAUGUUAAGUGAUUGACCUGUGGAAGUAGCCCUCCAAGGGUGGUGGUGGUGGGGAGCCCAGGAUCUGGCCCACUGGCCAAAUCCAGUUCCCUACCAUUGCCUCAAAGAGCAUGUAUACCUUCUCAUUUCUGGCUGAUGACAUAUUUUUCUUCUUCUUCUCCCUCCCUUGUUUUCCCACCCGACCCUCAGUGGCCCUUUUCCCGCUUCCUGUUUUUUCAGGAGCCUGCUUCUGCCUUUGCUUCGUUCCUGAACGGACUUGCCAAUUUAGUGAUGCUGAACAGAUAUAAAGCUGCUGUCCCCCGCUCUUCUCCCAUGUACCAUACCUGCAUUGCCUUUGCUUGGGUAAGUCAUUCUGGACGGUUAAUUCCUCACCACGGCAAGAUGGCUGCCUUAGCUUCCUUCUCAUCUUCUUCAAAGAGGUGGGAAACACGGGGAAUAGAAAAGACAAGGAAGGCUUCUUGUUGCUUGAGAUCUUGUAGGAAGGAAGCAGGGGAAACAUGACAGGUUUCCCUACAAGAAGACUCACAGAAACACACGAUGUUCUGCUCCUCAGUCCAGGCUGUCUCAAGAAAUGCAGAGCGAAGUAAGGAAGUAAGGAGGGCAUCUCCCAUGAGGAACCAACUUGAGCCAUAGCAGAGGGCAGUGUGUUUCCAGUGGCAUUGUGGGUAUUUGGAGAAAGGUUUGCUGAAUUAUGUGGUAUUUUCCUCUGUGCUUUUUUAAAAAAAGGGUUAUGUUUUGGAACAACGCUUAUAGAGUUGGUUUCUGUUAUAGAAAUUCUAAGGUCAUAUAUAUAUAUUCAUAAAUAUAAAAAGCAAACACAUACGUAAGUAUAUAAACCACAUGUCUGAAAUAGUGCAAGAGAACAAUCCUGAAGCCAUUUUGACUCUCCAAAAUUGACCUCAGAUGGGAAAAGCUUUCCAUUUGUCUUUGGACUAUAGGGGCUUACACCUCCCUGUAAAUACAGUCUGGCAAGUAUCUGUUAAGCUGAGCACACUGUCGAUAUGCAUAAGAGAUUCAAGAACUAUGUAUUGACCAUCUCAAAGGAAUGGCCAGGCUACCCAUAAAAGGCAAUCAGAUAAGGCAUUAUCAGGUAUACUGGCAGACAGGAGAGAAGCAACACACUCAGAUUUCUGCUGGGGACCACCUCUUUCUGUGAUGUAUGUUUGAUGUUUUGGGGGGUGGUCUUGAGUUACAGGGUAGGCAGUUUCAAAAGUCUGUGUAAGAGCUUGCACAUCAGUGUUCUGGGUUCCUCCUCCCUCCUGCAUGGUGAGCACCCUGUUGCAACAGUUGAAUAAAGAUCAGACUUACUAGCUGCUUUGCUUCUCAGUGAAGUGAAGGCCCAAGACAGGUGUUGAUCAUGAUGUGAGCUGCGCACAGGUGGUCUGAAGCGAGCGACCACCAUUCCUGUGGAGCCUCCUUUUAUUGAGACAAACAUGCAAGCUAGGCAAAUACAUUUUUGGGCUGUGACCUUUACACAUCUUCCGUCCCGAAAUCGUGGGGUGGUACAAAGUUAUUUUGGCACCUGUUCCAUAGCGUCAUUUUCCCCUUGCUCAGUGUAUGAUGUAGGAGACAAAAGGUCUCAUGGAAAAGGGUUACAGACAGGACACCGCAAACUGCUGAGAUCGCGAAAGGUCAGGCAGAGGUGGAACGAUGUACAGACAGCUGUGGCUUGUCUGGGGGGGGUGGUUUCCCUGCACCCCAAGGUCACGCGUGCAGGCAGACGUGGCUGCCUGCUGGUGGGGAAGUGUGCUCCCUCCGGACCCCACUCCCCACUCCGCGAUAUCCCUACACUCAGUAUUCUCUGGUUUGGCCUGUUAUUUUCUCCUACCAAUAGAGAACCUACAUAAGGACUCUAUACGGGCUCUUGAGUACCCCAUAAGGGAAAAGGAGCAGUUUUUUCUUAUAUCAGUUUCUAUCUAGGCUUUUUCUUCUACUCUGCGGACAAAUUGUGUUUUGAUUCGGAAGCAAUUUGAGGAAAAGGGUGGGAUAGAAUUGAUAGAUGGUGAUAAUAAGAGAUAGCAUGUAUCUAGGACUUUUUGAGUGUUUCACUUACAGUAUUAUUGCAGCAGUCCAAUAGACUAAAGCAGCAUGAUUCCUCUAAUUUUAAAGAGGGGGUGGGACUUGCUUCUGGAUUUGUUGGUUUAAGUACCAUAUGGCAGUUAUCCCGGUUAUCCCAGAAUGGCCUGUUUUUAUUACUUCUGUGGUAGAAGCCAGUUUUAACAACCUAACUUCAUGGAAUGUGGUAUUUUCAGGAUAACCAUUUCUUUCCCUGCUCCCUCACUCCCCCUGCAGGUUUCUUUAAAUGCCUGGUUCUGGUCUACAGUUUUCCAUACUCGAGAAACGAAUCUAACUGAGGUGAGCAAUUUUGCUCUUGUAUCAUGAAAAAUGUUGGUAUGGGGCGCCGGGGGAAUUUUGAAGGCAUGGCAGAAACCUCUCUAGUGGGUUAAAAAAAAAAUAGAUAAGUUAAAUGGUAGAAAAAAGGAAGUUAUGUGAACCCCAGGUAAAUAGUACAGCCAGCAUGACAGCAUAAUCCUAACUAUGUCUAUGCCAAAGUAAAUCCUAUUGAAUUCAGUGGGGGUUUAUCCCAGGGAAGUGAGGUUAGGAUUCUAGCCUGAGACUUUCUUUCAGAUAUGUGUGCUCAGGAUCAUAAUCUCGUCAAGUUGUUUUUGAGGUAGGAUAAGAGGACAGCUAUCACCAGGAAGAAUCUUCCCUGUUGGGUGUUAAAAACACUACUAGUAGGCUUCUGAGUAUGUGCAGGCCAUAAUCCCAGGGGAAAGAGAAAACUUUAAAUGCAGCUCCCUGUCACUAGAGAAAAGCCAUGAAUAAACACAAAUACCAUGAGGAUUUUCUAAAGAGAACGUGUAGCACUGAAUGAGAACUGGGCCCGAUUUCUAACGAGAUUUCUCUUCCCACAGAAAAUGGAUUAUUUCUGUGCAUCAGCCGUCAUCCUUCACUCUGUCUACCUGUGUUGCGUCCGGUGAGUUUCUCUCCUUCUUAAGAACAUAAGGAGAGGCUUGAAGCUGGAAAAGACCAAAGGCGCAUCCAGUUCAGUGUUCUGUUAUCCCACAGUGGCCAAGCAGACUGAUGUGGCUGGCGCAAGCCCAGUAGCACUCCCCUACUUGCAAUCCCCUUCCAAAGCAGCUUCUGUUGGUCACCAUCUUCCGGUGACAAGCUUCACCACUUGCCCUGCGAACAUAUAAUUUUUGUCUGUCCUGCCUCUCCCACUUUUCAGCUUCACUGGUUGAAAUGUUAUGGUGGGGUGGGGAACUUUUUUUGGGCUCCACAGGCUAGAUCUUUAUCAGCCUUGCCCACCUGUCGAAAUCCCCUGCGUGGCUUUGCCAAGUAUCCCCAGGCUCCCCCUUUAAGCCCCUGACCUGGGAGGCUUAGGAGGGAGAGCGCAGAGAAACUUGCAAAGGCUUUAAAGCAGCUCCCACACUCCCAGUUCAGCCUCCAGAGCUGUUGGGAGCAGCUCAUGUUUCCCUUUUUAAGUGGGCGGGUGAGUGGCAGCAGCAGAGAGGAGUUUCCCCUGUCCACUCACAGCUCCCAUAUCUCGCUUUUAUUCAAAAACUGAGCAUCUGCAAAAGGACAGGUCGAAACUGCAAGAGGAAAUGUGUGCGGACAGAAUAUGUGCAGAUAGAGGAGGAGUAACCCAAGGACAAAGCAAAAGAGCAGCAAGUAAGGAGAGCUAGUGGAAACUGGCCGGGCCUUUUGGGAGUUGUAGCUGUGGCCAUUCGAGCAAAAGAAAAUGCUUUGUGUUCUGUCUGCUCAAGUUUCUGAACGGCAGGACCAGCCUUUGCAGCUCAGCUGUGUCAUAGAUCAGGGAUGGGGAGCCUGUGGCCUCUAGAUGUUGAUGGGCUCCAACUGGACUCCUUUGUCCUUGACCCUUGGCUCACAUCUGGAGGGCCGCAGGUUCCCCAUCCCUGGCCUAGACCCGGAGGAACGAGUCCAGAAGUGACCCAGUUCCUACAGCUCUUGCGAGUUCCUUCAGCACCGUCUCUCUCUUUUUCUUUUCUUCCAGGACUCUGGGUCUGAAACGUCCAGCCUUUGCCACCGCCAUAGGCAUCUUCCUGCUCCUCUUCCUGGCCUGCCAUGUGUCGUAUCUGACGCUCGUGCGCUUUGACUAUGGUUACAAUAUGGUUGCCAACGUGGUAAUAGGUGAGGGCGCUGGAGCAAUGUUCUACCCCCUGCAGCAGGUGUUGGUUGGUGUGGAGGUGUAGCCCAGCAGAUAACCUUUGUGUGGCCUUCUCCCCUAGUGCCCCCAACCUCUCUAAGGCCCCAUCUGCACCAAUCAGUAUCAUGCCACUUUAUAUGGUUGUAGAUUCUCCUUCAAUGAAUCCUGGGAACUGCAGAUUGUUAAGGUUACUGAGAGUUGUCAGGCAACACCCCCCAUCCCUUCACAGGACUGCAAAUUCCUGGGAAGAGAGAUUAGCUGAUUCCGGUCAGAGAAUCUCUGACAAGUCCUUCUCUGCAUCUGGCCACAGAAAGGCAACAGAGAGAUCAUUUCCCAUCAUUCUGUUUCUUAACCCGAGCAAAAGAUUGUUUUGUGGAGAUAUGCGAGCCAUGCUCAGAGCAGUGGAGUGUAUGGGGUGUUAGGGGAAGGGUAGCACCUCUGGGGGCGACGACAUGUCAUGCACCUUCUGGGGUGGUUUGCCCACCUUUGGUGUCCCCCCCCCGCACUCAGUUCUCACCUGUGGUUCCUUGAAGAUGUCAGCAUGUGACAGCGGCCACACCCCAGAAACAGCUUUGAUUGGCCGGGUAAACUAGGUGCGGGUAGCCAAUGGGUCUCAAUCCCUCGGCGAGUUAGGGACUUGCUCCUGCAUGCAAAGACAGGCUCUGGCGGAUUGAGUGGAUGAGGCCAAUAGUGGGUCCAACAGUCAUGAAGGCGGUUUAUGCACAUGCAGUCGAGGAAAGCGAAGGUCAGAUGGGGCUUAUCUUCCUGGGAAGGUAGUCAAUCUAGAAGGAGGAAAACUCUGAUCCCAAACCUCUCCUGCCUAGUGGGAUAUCUUUGGGAGAAGAAAAGGCUAAGGAGCAAACCCUACGCAGACCUGGAAUCCCUAAGACUGUGGGAUGGCGCUUUGUAUGCCACCUUUCGGCACCUCCUGCAGCCAAGCUGGUGCCAAGUGUAUUGAUCUGCUUUCCUUUGGAGCAUAUCAGCGAGGUCAAGGUCUUGUCGUCUGGGCAGCCAGAACCUCCAUACACACUGCCCAGGCUUGUGCCCCAGGGAUGUCACUUUAGUGCCGCCAAUGCAGUAGUUUGACUUCACCCCCGGAGGCGCACUCCAUUGUCUCUUGAGACAGGCAGAUGCAAACUUGCAACUUGCUAAGAGCAGCAUGUAGCUACACCCUUUAAAAGCACACACACCAAAAUAGCUGUUAGCGUAACUUGGAGGCUGCAUCUAUAUUGCUGGUACAUAUCUCCCUUAUUCCUUCCCUGCACUUCCAGGGCGUUUGUAGUAUAGAGCACCAGGAUAGCAGCCCAGGACCCUCAGGGCAGGUUCGCUGGGAUCUGUGGAUUCACUGGGUGCAGGGCCAACCAGCAUGAAAAGGGCACCUCAGUUAUAGUUGUUCAGCAUUAUAGAGGCAAGAGAGAGCAGGUCUCUAGAUCCCUAGAGCCAUGAUCUCCCACAACAGUGCAAAAGCUUGUGUUGUUACAUAUUUGCCCAGAGGUUCCUCCUCUGACUUACGGCCCUAUCAGGGCUCGGAAGCAGAGUCACCACUUCCAGCUCCCCAGAUCUUUCUAGUUUCCUCCAUGCUUUCUCAGUGGAUGAUUCUGGGGGAUGUAUGCAUGGGGAGGGGAUAUUCCUGGCAUGCCUUGGGAUUUGGUGCUGAGGAGCAAGGGGUCUGGGGUCCAGGGCUGCUAGUGCCUCUGGUUCAUCGCCAUGUGCAUAACAUAUCUAAGUUCCUGCCCCACUGUGACUACUGCCAGGCAUGAAAUGCUGUCCUCUUUCUGCCAUACCUUGCAGGCCUCCUCAAUCUCCUCUGGUGGCUGGGUUGGUGCAUGAGGAACCAGCAACGCCUGCCGUACGUCUGGAAGUGUGUGGCGGUUGUGCUUCUUCUGCAAGCCUUGGCCCUCCUGGAGCUCCUGGACUUCCCACCGUUGCUCUGGGUCUUCGAUGCCCAUGCCAUCUGGCACAUCAGCACCAUUCCAGUCAAUAUCCUUUUCUACAGGUCAGCCAAGUUUGCUUGCCUUUGCGGGUGGGCCUUCUGCCAUUGGUUCUCUGUGAUUGCUUGUCAGGGCGCUACUUGGACUACCAACUCCCAUCAGCCCCAGCCAGCAUGUCGAAGGCUCAGAGAUGAUGGGAGUUGUGUGGUCCAGCAACAUCUUGAGUGUCACACACACACACACACCACUGAUCUAUUUAUUUUGUAUCCCACCCUUCAUCCAAGUCAGGGCAGUUCACAGCACAAAAAAGCAAGAUAAAAACGCAGCAUAAUAAAAAACCAAAACCAAUACCACCACCUCCCACUUCACUCCCACAAACACAUUUAAUAUAGGCCUGGUUGAAGAGGAACGUUUUCACCUGGUGUAUAAUGAAGGUGCCAGGCGAACCUCCCUGGGCAGAGCAUUCCGCAAACAGGGAGCCACCACAGAAAAGGCCUGUUCUCGUGUUGCAACCAAAACUCUCAUGGAGGAGGCAUAUGAUCUACAGCAGUGGUUCCUUAAUACCAAAAUACUGAGUACCCCCUUGUUUUUCAAAAGCCAGACCAUGUGCCCCUGACUUUUGAAAAGUUAAAUAUCUUUAUGGUAGUUUUUGUUAUGUGAAUGAUGCCAUGGACCCCCCGGGUGAGUUAUGCAGACCCCUUGGGGUCUGCGGACUGCCAACUGGGGACCACUGAUCUAGAGAGGACCACAAUCCGACAAGCUAGAACUUGUUGGAAUCUGCGGCCUGUAGCCUGUCCUCUGUAACGUGUUUAAUAUACUUUCAUGAAACGAGGCUACAAGCAGCCAUUUACCUGGAGCAUAAAGUGUAUUCCUUCAUUCCAGCCCUCAAAUAGCAAUGUACAGAGAAGCAAAAACAACAGGAACCUUAGGCAGACCAAAACAAACCAAUAGAAAAACGGGAGAUACUGAAUUAAAUCACCAAAAUUAUAUUUAGGAAAGGCAGGGGAAAAGUGAACUUUAAAGGCCUCCUUGAAUGCCCGAACUGAAGGAGCCAAAUGAAUGUUGACUGGAAGAGGGUUCCACAACUGCAGGGCCACCACCAGGAAGGACCUGUUUCAUGUGCUCACCAGCUCUAAUCAAUUCCACCGUUGGGGUAUGCAAGCAGGACCUCAGGUGUGGACCUUAGAUUCGAGGGAGGGCAAUAUGGGUGCUGCACCUUCCUUGCGGUUCACGUAGCUGCUAUUUCUGGAGACUUUCAUUUCAAGGUUUUCAUACAUCACCAGGAAGGCCUCACCUAAGGCAGGUUCUACAGGUUGAAAGACAAGAUGGGUACAUUCUAGUUCUAGGCAUAUUGGGUAGCUCAAUCCAUCCCUUCACUCGCCAGUCAAUUCAGCAACUUUCUCUUUCCUCUCCUUGCAGUUUCCUUGUCGACGACAGCCUCUAUCUUUUGAAGGCCAACUCCAUCAUUAAAAUAGACUGAAGGGGCUGGUGGAACACAGCUUGGAGAACACCACUGGUCUCGAUGGAAGACAUCCAUUGGUUCGUUUCCAGCAGGAGUGUGCUGUGUUCUGAGAAGUGGCAGCAAUUUGCACUUCCUGGUUCUGCCCUCUUACUUCCCCAGCAUCUACAUGUGGGUUCUGCUGCCAUGGUGUCCUAAACUGACUGACUGCCUUUCUCCUGGAUAUAUCAGGAUAUACAUCUUGCCUCUCCUGAAACUUGCGCUUGAGUUCCUCGCGCUGCCUUCCCAAGUCUUUUCAUGCUUCUCUGGGGAGAUUUUGCUCGUGGCUUCUCCUGGUCGAUUCAUUUUUAAACAUUUGUUUUUAUUAUCCCGUCCUGAUUAGCUCUAUGGUGUUAGAUCUCUUGGUCUAAUAUGCUUUUGCUAAGUGGACUUCCGAAAGCAGCAUGGACGAUGCUUCUCGAAGCAGAAUUUUCAGAAGCCUUCUUUGUCAUGUGCCAUGGGUGAAAUUGAAAUGUCAACUGUUUCAGAGAAGCAGUCCUGGCAUGCUGUUUCAUUGGCAGGUUGCCUUUUGUUCUUUGCCAGCCCAUCAGGUAACACUGCUUUGCGAACCCUAUUUCCCCACGACUUCCCUGUUGUGAUAAAAACAAGAACUAAGAUUCCAGGUUGUGGUGACUUCUAGGAGGAAAAAUGGGGCUGGGCUCAACCUACCUAGAAGAUUUUCCCUCUGACCUCAAAGCUUUGUGCACAUACUCCUUGGUGGUGUGAGCUCUCUGUACGGGCUCAGAUGCACCUCGGUUCAUUCUUAUUUUUUCAGAGCCGAGUCCUGGCAUUAAAAACCAGGGGUUGGGCCUUGUCUCAAAUUAAGUCUGAGCAGAAUGGAAAAAUGUAUAUUUAAAAGACUUCUUUUAAAAAACCAAUUGGGGUGAAUCUCUGAAAUUUUUCAUCCUGAAGACUAUUCCUUCCAGUGUGGAAGCUGUAUUCAUCUGUUCAAGCUGAUAUGCGAUUCAUGGGGGAAAUAAAUGGCAUUUCUCCUUUCCUUUGACA